AUGUUUUACCGCCCCUUAACUGCACCAAUGAUCUCUAGUGCUGUGGCAACAGAUCAGUUCGAAAUAGAGAAUCUAAAGACAGUUUCCACAAAUUCUUCAUUCUCCAUUUCAAAUGAGUUCCGAUCAUUAUCAAUUUCAGACGCAAGUACUACCUCCACGACUGAGAAUAAUAUCCCGCUCAAUCCGAGCAAUGAAUUUUUGAACCAUAUAGACCCAACACCGGCAUAUCCACCAUCUUACAGUAGUGUCAACCCAAACAAAUCAGUAAGAUACCCAAUUUACGAGUCUUCCAUACCUGCUAAUCAUGAUGAUAAACCGCCUGAGUAUAAAGCUGCUGUACACGAUGUGACCGUGAUCUCUAUGAAAGUUGAAUGGUUGUCCCCAUUUGAGAUAUCUCAUUCACGUUCAUGGAAAAAUUUAAUACUGGAAUUAAACUCCACUCAGUUAAACUUCUAUCGUAUUGAUGAUCGACUAAUUUCAAGAGUCUCUUCGAAUGGUUCAUUUGAGUUGACUAAAGACAAUAAGGAUAUUUUGACCCAUCUAGUCAAGAGAGACAAGGAAAAAUAUUUAACAAACGAUAAUUUAUUCAAAUCAUACUCUUUGCAAUUCGCUAAAUUUGGUAUACCAAUAGAUUAUAAGAAAAAAUCGUUUGUCAUUAGAAUGAGGUGUGAAGUUGAGCAAUUUUUAAUUAAUUUUUUCAACGUGGACGAUAUGCUUUUAUGGACCGUUCUUCUCAAUAUGGGGAUUAACGUCUCUCUGGAUCUUCAAAUUAGAGAAUUUCCAAAUUAUAGAAUUGUACCACGAAGAAGAAGAAGAAGAAGAAGGCAUAGAGGAGGAAGAAAAAAUAAAUCAAGAAAUUUUGGAAAUUUUGAAAAGAUUAAAUCUCAUAAGGAAAAUGUUUUUACCAAAAACGUCAAUAAAAUUUUUAACAGUAGUAAUUGUGACAUUGUGCAGAAUAAAAAUAAAAUAAAGUUCAAGAUGUCAAAUUUUUUAAGACCUUCUAAAAAUAGGAAAAAAUUAACGUUGAAUUCAGUAAUUGAAGAAGAAGAUUAUAGAGGUCAGACGGAUUCAUGCAGUCCUUCGAACGUGUCGAGUCGUGUGACAUCAAGAACAAGGUCAGUUUCAAAAUCAAUUUCGGUAACAGAGUCACGGACCCAAUUUCCAUUUAAUGAAUGCCAAGAAAUGCUAAGAAGAAAUAGUAUGCUUUUGCAAUCUGAACUAGAUGAAUUCCAAAACAUUAUCAAUGAACAUAUCCAAUGUGAUUCUGAUUCUGAACAAGAUGAGGAAGUUCAUGAUGAGGGUUACGAAUCUGAAGAAGUAGAAUCUAGAACUCAGUUCCAUGCUGCACGCCAUAAUUCCAUUUAUUCCGAAGAAGGAGUCUACUAUGAAGAAGACGAAGAAGACGAUGAUGAUUUUGGCAAUUUCAGACGCCGUAGGUCCUCGACUUUAACAAAUUUAUCUAAUAUACCGUAUGGCAGCAAUGUUGUUAAGUGGUCUCCUCCGAUAAAAGAGAUCUCUAGGAAAAGAUAUAUUAGGGAUUCCUUAAGAUGCAUUAAGCCAUUGACAGAAGAGUCUCAAUGGGUCGGAAGCAUUGUCUUCAAGUCUUGUUCCCCCCCUGUUUACAAGACAAAUAAUUAUGUGACAUCCGAAGUUGAACACAAAUGGAAUGCAAAAAACCAUUAUUUAAAACCUUUCAUCGUAGGGCCUGUGGGGUUUCUGAAGGCCGAUACUAAAUUUUCCAAGACAUUAAUAACUACAAAAAAAAGCCGCAGAUAUAAUGGCAAUAUCGAUGAUGAGGAUUUUUUCAGUGGUAUCAUCUAG